GCGCGACGUCGACCGUGCGGAGUCCCGGCGUCGGCGGCGCGCGCGCUCCCUCCUCUCGGAGAGAGGGCUGUGGUAAAAGCCGUCCGGAAAAUGGCCGCCGCCGCCGCUGCCGCGCCAAGCGGAGGAGGAGGAGGAGGCGAGGAGGAGAGACUGCUCCAUAAAAAUACAGACUCACCAGUUCCUGCUUUGAUGUGACAUGUGACUCCCCAGAAUACAUCUUGCUUCUGUAGACCAGCUCCAACAGGAUUCCAUGGUAGCUGGAAUGUUAGGGCUCAGGGAAGAAAAGUCAGAAGACCAGGAUCUCCAGGGCCUCAAGGACAAACCCCUGAAGUUUAAAAAGGUGAAGAAGGAUAAGAAAGAAGACAAAGAGGGCAAGCAUGAGCCCCUGCAGCCGCCAGCCCACCACUCUGCUGAGCCAGCAGAGGCAGGCAAAGCAGAGACCUCGGAAGGGUCAGGCUCAGCCCCAGCCGUCCCGGAAGCUUCUGCCUCCCCCAAACAGCGGCGCUCCAUCAUUCGUGACCGGGGACCCAUGUAUGAUGACCCCACUCUGCCUGAAGGUUGGACCCGAAAGCUUAAGCAAAGGAAAUCUGGCCGCUCCGCUGGGAAGUAUGAUGUGUAUUUGAUCAAUCCCCAGGGAAAAGCCUUUCGCUCUAAAGUGGAGUUGAUUGCGUACUUCGAAAAGGUAGGCGACACCUCCCUGGACCCUAAUGAUUUUGACUUCACGGUAACUGGGAGAGGGAGCCCCUCCCGGCGAGAGCAGAAACCACCUAAGAAGCCCAAAUCUCCCAAAGCUCCAGGAACUGGCAGAGGUCGGGGACGCCCCAAAGGGAGCGGCACCACGAGACCCAAGGCAGCAGCAUCAGAGGGUGUGCAGGUGAAAAGGGUCCUGGAGAAAAGUCCCGGGAAGCUGCUCGUCAAGAUGCCUUUUCAAGCUUUGCCAGGGAGCAAGGCCGAAGGGGCUGGGGCCACCACUUCGGCCCAGGUCAUGGUUAUCAAACGGCCCGGCAGGAAGCGAAAAGCCGAGGCCGAUCCCCAGGCCAUUCCCAAGAAACGGGGCCGAAAGCCGGGCAGUGUGGUGGCGGCCGCUGCCGCUGAGGCCAAGAAGAAAGCCGUGAAGGAGUCGUCCAUCCGGUCUGUGCAAGAGACCGUGCUCCCCAUCAAGAAGCGCAAGACCCGGGAGACGGUGAGCAUCGAGGUGAAGGAGGUGGUGAAGCCUCUGUUGGUGUCCACCCUCGGCGAGAAGAGCGGGAAGGGACUGAAGACCUGCAAGAGCCCUGGGCGGAAAAGCAAGGAGAGCAGCCCGAAGGGGCGCAGCAGCAGUGCCUCCUCGCCCCCCAAGAAGGAGCACCACCACCACCACCACCACUCAGAGCCCCCGAAGGCGCCUGUGCCGCUACUCCCGCCCCCGCCCCCACCCCCGCCUGAGCCCCAGAGCUCCGAGGACCCCGCCAGCCCCCCUGAGCCCCAGGACUUGAGCAGCAGCGUCUGCAAAGAGGAGAAGAUGCCGAGAGGAGGCUCCCUGGAGAGCGACGGCUGCCCCAAGGAGCCCGCUAAGACUCAGCCCGCGGUCGCGACUGCCACCACGGCUGCAGAAAAGUACAAACACCGAGGGGAGGGAGAGCGCAAAGACAUUGUUUCAUCCUCCAUGCCAAGGCCAAACAGAGAGGAGCCUGUGGACAGCCGGACGCCCGUGACCGAGAGAGUUAGCUGACUUUACACAGAGCGGAUUGCAAAGCAAACCAACAAGAAUAAAGGCAGCUGUUGUCUCUUCUCCUUAUGGGUAGGGCUCUGACAAAGCUUCCCGAUUAACUGAAAUAAAAAAUAUUUUUUUUUCUUUCAGUAAACUUAGAGUUUCGUGGCUUCAGGGUGGGAGUAGUUGGAGCAUUGGGGACGUUUUUCUUACCGACAAGCACAGUCAGGUUGAAGACCUAACCAGGGCCAGAAGUAGCUUUGCACUUUUCUAAACUAGGCUCCUUCAACAAGGCUUGCUGCAGAUACUACUGACCAGACAAGCUGUUGACCAGGCUUCUUAGGGUACGCCUGCACUUCCCCUCCCACCCAGCCCUCCCCCCACGUGGCCGUUAAGGACAGAGAGCACUUGAGAGGACACUCCCAUUUUCGGUGCCACCGGUGCCCCAGUCUCAGCUCUCCUUUGCCCCCACCCUGCCCCCCAGCUCUCCCAGCUCCCCCACUCCCACCCACGUUGGGACAAGGAAGUGUGAGGCAGGAGAGACAGGUGGCUUCUUUAGAGAAGACGACAGAAAUGGCCAGUGGCUACAGCCCGUGUGAUCCCACCUGUGGUGGCACAAAUCUGGCCUCACGCCAGCCCCAAUCCAAAACCCACAAGGACAUUUCACAGGACAGGGGAGUAGCACCUGUUCGCUCCGGCUCUGGCAUGGCUCAGAGGGAGUCGUCCUUUGAGCUGCUGGGUGUCGACUGGCCUGAGCCAGAGGACAGGAUGGCCCAGGGCCGGCCUCUAGUGGACGGCACUAGACAGAGGCCGUGGAGGCGGCAGGACGAGGCGCAGGCAGGCUGGCCGGGCUCCGGACCGGCAGAGCAUAGCAGGGCAGGAGGGACUGGCUCCCGGUCUCUCCGAGCAGCCUGUGACUGGCAGAGGGGCGGGGGGACGGAGGGGAGAUUGUUCUUCCAAAACUUUCCAAUUCUACUCCUUAGGGACAGCUUAGAACUAUUUGCACUAUUGAGUCUUCAUGUUCCCACUUCAAAACAAACAUGCUCUGAGAGCAAACUGGCUUGAAUUGGUGAUGCUUUGUCCCUCAAGCCACCAGAUGUGACGGUGUUUAGAACUGCCUGGAUCUGUAGAUACCUGCGCUUGUUUUAAAGUGGGCUCAGCACAUAGGGUUCCCACGAAGCUCCGAAACUCUAAGUGUUUGCUGCAAUUUUAUAAGGACUUCCUGAUUGCUUUCUCUCCUCUCCUUCCAUUUCUGCCUUCUGUCAUUUCAUCCUUUCAUUUCUUCCCCUCCUUCCUCCUCAUUCAUCCCUUCUGUUCCAAGCAGCAGCAGUGCCCAACUGUACAAGCCAAUGCUGGUCAGCCAGAACUCGCCCUGCCCUCGGCCUUGCCGCCCCCAGCUGCAGCCCCACCCUGUCCCGAACCCUGCUGAAUCCACCGGCCCUAGCGCCUCAGCCUCUCUGCAGGGCAAGAGAGCAGCAAGGCCUCGCUCUCCUAGGGAGCCCUUUCCCUGGUCAGAGCCCGGACACCGGGCCUCCUCAGCCUUCCACUCGAGAGAAGUGGGUGGGAGAAGUUGGGCCGGAUUUGGAUUUGGGAGCUGAGGGUAGCACAGAGCCCCCACCCCCCGACCCCCAUCCCGCCGUGGCCUGGCAGUCAUCGCGAGACCCAGCCCUGACCUCGGCCUCUGCCAGGCCCUGCUAGCGCAGUGCAGGGCAGCAGUGCAGGUGCCCCCCAGACCUGAGCUGGCACCAGCGCCUAGGGCCCCCCUUCUCCGUCCCAGGUUCCUCCAUUAACCACAAGUUCUUUUCUAAUAGAAAACAUUUGGCUUUUGCUUGCUGGAGACUGGGUAGGGCCAGUACAUCACACAUUUCCACGUCUGUGCCAGGGUGUCGCGUGGGGGCUUAGAGGCUUGGGUUUGCUGUGGGAUCCCAUCCUUUCAACCUCUCUGUUCAGGAAGUCCUUAUCUAGCUGCAUAUCUUCAUCAUAUUGGUAUAUCCUUUUCUGUGUUUACAGAGAUGUCUCUUAUAUCUAAAUCUGUCCAACUGAAAAGUACCUUAUCAAAGUAGCAAAUGAGACAGCAGUCUUAUGCUUACAGAAACACCCACAAGCACGUCCCAUGUGAGCUGCUGCCAUGAACUGUCAAGUGCGUGUUGUCUUGUGUAUUUCAGUUAUUGUCCCCUGGCUUCCUUACUGCGGUGUAACCAUGAAGGAGUGAAACAUCCUAGAAACCGUCUAGCACUUCCUUGCCAGUCCUUAGUGAUCAGGAACCAUAGUCGACAGUUCCGAUCAGUAGCUUCAGAAAAAAACGUGUCUGUCUCUUCCGGAAUGGUUAGAAGCAAGGGAGUUUGCCCCGUUCAGUUUCUAGAGUCAUAGCUGGCCUUUCUAGCAUUUUUGUAUCCAUUUCCUUAUACUGCAAAAGCAACUCCCACAACCAACCCCGCUCUGCUGUCAAUCCUCUGGGCUUCACUUCUGACUCCGCCCCAGGAAGGGAAGGGGGGGUCGGAGGAGGGGGAUGAGUCCUUCAUCACCCCUCUUCCUCCAAGGACAAAAGGCUCCUGACCCCACAGUGGCCUUGCACUCCCGACACCCCCAAAAGGCGUUUCUCCGCGUGAGCACGGCAUCCAGGCAGUGUGUCACGGAGAUGCCGUCCGUUUUGGUCGGUGGGGUUUUUAUGCGUUACACCUAGUCCAGUGAAAUGUGGCUCCUGGGAACAGUGUCAGGAGCUGCCCUCCCCAUCGGCUCGGUAUCAUCUGGUCCUGGGAAGAGGAGUGCGGGGCCGCCAGGCCCCCCUUUCACCCAUGGCAGUUUGUUUCUUCAGGGUCUGACUGGGCAUUGGUGGUGGAGAACAUAGCAUUUCAAGGGUCGUGUCUUUCUGUCUGGCCCCCUAGCUCCCCAGCUUCUUCCCCUAGAGUUCCAAAGCUGCAGGCGGUGCCUGAGGCUCUUAGGGUUUUCUCUCUCCCCCCCUUUCUUCCACAUUCUCUCUUCCCCAAAUAAAGGCAUCACGAGUGAGUCACCUUUUAAGCAGGCUGCCUUGGCAGUUUGUCACCCUGGCGGGCAGGGACCCUGCAGCUCCCAUGCCACCCCUGUCCUGGAGUCAGGUUGACAGGAGGUUGGAGGGAAAGCCUAAGCCCUGAGAUUCUCACCAGCUGUGUCAGGCCCAUUUUGGAGUGUGACCUCAAUUUUGUGUGUACUUCAAUACCACAAAGAUUGGGGGACAUCUUUUAGGGAACUGUGCGAAGAGUACAGGAAUUGAUCGAUGGCUUUCGGAUCCCCGUGGGCCAAGGUCACAGAAAGUCGCAUUCAGUCUCCCGAACCCUCAUUCUAGUUGUUAGUUACUACCUCCUCUCUCUACAGAAUUCCACGUGUCCUCGAGCUCCUCCCACGAUGCCCGGCCCAGCCCUGCCUGCCCGUCACGGGCUUGUCCUAAUCAGUGGAAUCGCCAGCCUUGACACUGUCAUGAACUGGGGACACUGGGCCACAGCCAGGCUCUGGUACGGCUCCCUUCUGCUGGCACAGGAGACACCUAGAAAUGCCACGUCCCCAGUCCAUCAGUGCCAAACUAGUCAAGGACCCAGCCCCUCAGCUCCCUGGAAGGUGAAAGUCGUGGUGGCCUGGGAUCACUGACCACAGCCAGCACCUGGCUUCUACUCCCGAGACCCACCCUGUGCAGGUGCAGGCAACAGUCUGUUCAGUGGCAUCAUUCCAGGCUAGAGGCCAAGAACAGUGGUAGUGGGACCCAGAGCAGCCCCAGCUUGUCACCGCCUCCUCUGCCCAGCUUGUUAUUGCUGUCACAGCGAUCGUGAAAGGGUACUAGCCAGAAACAAACUUCCACAUUUGGUGGGGAAGGAGUUUCCUUAGCUGACAGGACCUCUGGAUUUUAAGUAACUUAAGAAGCAGCUCAAGCCCAGGAAGGAGCAAAGGUUAUGAACUGAACUCACCAGGUGGGGCUGACUGGAUCGCGAGGAGCAUUCCCGCCCAGCUCUCUGAGCUGGCGGGGUCAGGGGAGGUUACAGGUACUGGUUCUUGGAGAAGACCUUUGUGCAUCCAUUCCUAGCCGCUGUCGUUGCCCAGAUUGCUUCCUGGUGCAAGUCACGCAUGGAGUCUAGGACCCGUGGCCCAGACCUCGGGAAGCAAGCUGUGUGUAGAGCCCCACGGGCGUUUGCCUAGCCAGUACCCCAAGUGCAGCGCGACGCCCACGGCGCCAGGCCUGUCGGCCGAGCCGCUGCCCCCACGCCCCCGCCAUGUCCGUUUCACACUCUUGCUCUGCUCUCUGCAAGGGCCCAUCUUCGCUCUCUCGGUCAGUGAGCCUGUCCGCUCUUGGAGGGGUUUGGUGACUCUCCAUUUUUGUGUCUUUCUCUUUUAGAUCAAUCUUUAGAAAAGGCCUAAUUGUUACAAAUCACUAGGAUACUGCCUGCCCCAGGGUCUGAAGUUACAUAUUAAAGGGGGAAAAAAGUGAACACUGAAACCGGUUCUCAACAAUUCCGAAGGAAAACCUAGAGAAUAUUUGGCAGAAAAUUACAUUUCGCUGUUUCUGAAUGAAUAAGAGCAAGCUUUUGCUGCUCUCAGAAUACUUGGAGCUUGACCUGAUGUGUGGUGAGCGCAGCAGGCGAAGGGGAUUCCAGCCCGAAGCUGCUGGAUCUGAGACUCAGGGCCAUCCUGUCACUGGAGAGCCCGUUUCUCCUUGGGUAGCAGUCCCUGAAGAUUCAGCUGCCGUCCUGGCCUGUGGGGCGGCCUGGAGGUUACAGCCCGCCUGGUCCCAAAGCUGCAGGAGCCCAGCUAUUGGUGUGAGAAGCUGAGUGUUCAGCAGGGACUCGUGAAGGCCUGAGCCAUUUCCACUCCCCAGCGCCACCUGUUUCUUGCUCCAUUCUCAUCUCCACACAGCCUACCCGAAGUGCUGAUUUGUCAGAAAAAAAGGAGCUCGAACUAGGGCCCAGCUAACUAGGAAGGAGAGGGUGAUGUCUCCCCCUUGGCCUCUGCCUGUGGUACAGCCUGUCCCCUGAGUACAUCCGCCUGCUCUGCUCUGCUCUCCUUGGGGGCUGGGGCCUGGUAAAGCGGCACUCCCAUCUGAACUCAGAGGUGAGGACAGAGGCCUGAGCACUCGCUGCGGUGUGUGCCCCCCUUGUCCCUCACCCUCGAGAGCCCCUGGGGCAGAGGGAGGGUGGGUGUGAAGACAGGUGCUUCCCCCGCCCACCACCAGCAGAGCCAAGACCCUCACAGGGGAAAUCUGGCCUUUGAGUUUCAGAGCAUUUAUGAAACUUGCAAAUUGUCUUUGCUCCCCGAGCUCCCCCUUCUAUCUUACCUUUUCUCAAGUCCUGCUCAGCAGCGAGAGAAAACGAGAUGAAAAGGCCAAGAGGUUUUUGGCUCCUGCCCACUGGUAGUCCCUCUCCCAUCAGUGUUUGUGUGUCAAGUGACAAAGCUGUUCUUCCUGGUGACCCUGAUUAUAUCCAGUAUCUUAUAGACUAUACGCAUAGGCCUGCUUGGUCUCUUCUAUCCUGGGCUUUUGUUUUGCUUUUUAGUUUUGCUUUCAAUUUUUCUGUCCCUUUUAUUUAAUGCACCGACUAGACACACAAAGCAGUUGAAUUUUUAUAUAUAUAUAUCUGUAUAUUGCACAAUUAUAAACUCAUUUUGCUUGUGGCUCCACACAAAAAAAGACCUGUUAAAAUUAUACCUGUUGCUUAAUUACAAUAUUUCUGAUAACCAUAGCAUAGGACAAGGGAAAAUAAAAAACAAAAAAACAAAAAAAAAAACAAAAACAAAAAAAAAAAACGACAAAUCUGUCUGCUGGUCACUUCUUCUGUCCAAGCAGAUCCGUGGUCUUUCCUCGCUUCUUUCAAGGGCUUCCCUGUGCCAAGCAAAGGAGGCUCCAGGCAGCACCCGGGGUUUUGCACUGUUUCUCCCGUGUUUGUGAGAGAGGUCCCAGGGUGCCGCAGGACAGUUCACCUCAGUGGGUGGGUGCGCGAGCGCUCCCUUGCCCUCGCGAUGUCCGGAAUGUAGUUGGCACCGCCUGGUCCCCUUCCACCUCUGGGUGGGGCAGCUGGAGUCCACAGGGGUGGCCUGACCCCCCAUCCCUUCUAGUGACCCGGUCAGAGUGAUCACGUGUGAGAGGCGGCUCAGCAGGCCUCCCCAUCAGUAGGACUCCCACUUGCCCGAGUCCGGGGGUCUGGAGGGGAGACGGGAGGCCCGUCACAUCUCUGAAUGUGUGAGCCACACCAGGUACAAUGCCAGGGACCCCAGAACCACAUAGAAGAGCCCAGUGGGUCCCCUCCAGGAGGUAGCAGACUCCAGAAAUGUCCCUUUCUCUUCUCCCCCAUCCUAUGAGUAAUUGCAUUUGCUUUUGUAAUUCUUAAUGAGCAAUAUCUGCUAGAGAGUUUAGCUGUAACAGUUCUUUUUGAUCGUUUUUUAAGUAAUUAAAAACACCAAAAAAAAAAAUAAAUCCAGAAACUUGUUCUUCCAAAGCAGAGAGCAUUAUAAUCACCAGGGCCAAAAGCUUCCCUCCCUGCGUCAUUACUACUUCUGAGGCCUGAAUCCGAAAGAGAAACACUCGUAGACCCUUUGGGUGGCUGGGCUACCCUCAGCCCCUUGGAGGACCUGGUCUGGGGCCCACUCCAGCCCGCGUUCAGUAUUAGCGGUGGGUCAUGACGUCCUUGCCCACCCCGCCUGGGAUGGGGCCCAGGAGGCAAGGAGGCCGUUGCCGCUGAUGCUUGGCCACUAACAGGUGGGUGUCCGCAUGUGUCCACGUGCAUGCUUUGUGACGGAAAUGUGAAAAUCAGCGCCCGAGUUAGCCUCACCCUGUGACCUCUCGCCCCGCCGGGCCGGAGCGGGCCCAUCCAGUUGAGUGUUUCUGGGGAGCUGGACAGUGGAGUGCAAAAGGCUUGCAGAACUUGAAGCCUGCUCCUUCCUUUGCUACCAAGGCCUCCUUUUCCGUUUGAUUUGUCACUGCUUCAAUCAAUAACAGCCGCUCCAGAGUCAGUAGUUGAAUAUAUGACCAAAUAUCACCAGGACUGUUACUCAAUGUGUGCCGAGCCCUCUCUUCGCGCUGGGCUCCUGUGUACCCGGACACUGUAACGUGUGCUGUGUUAGCUCUCCUCCCCCCACCUGCCCCUCGUCUUUCUGGGGGUUUUCUGUUUGGGUUUGGUUUGGUUUUUAUUUCCCCUUUUGUGUUCCAAACAUGAGGUUCUCUCUACUGGUCCUCUUAACUGUGGUGUUGAGGCUUAUAUUUGUGUAAUUUUUGGUGGGUGAAAGGAACUUUGCUAAGUAAAUCUCUUCUGUGUUUGAACUGAAGUCUGUAUUGUAACCAUGUUUAAAGUAAUUGUUCCAGAGACAAAUGCUUCUAGACACCUUUUCUUUACAAACAAAAGAAUUCGGAGGGUGGGGAUGGUGACCAAGAUGAGAGGGGCUGUCCUAUGUCCCCUCCCAGGAGGGGAGAUCCAGAGAGAUGGCCCCCGCUCAGAUCAGCCAGAAGCCACCCAAAGGAGUUAAGCCUAUGCCAGCGGACCGAAUAGCUGAUGUGUUGCCAUUUUCAAAGUCAGAGCAAAACCAGGUCUUGUUCCACCCGGUGGAUUCUUUUGCCUUCCCCCCCCCAAGAUUAUUGGCAUCAUUGUUAUUUUUAAGAACAGACAGGUUCAUGUUCCUGCGAGGGGAGUCAGGAGGGUGUGAGCAGGGCCGGCCUGGCCUUGGUAGGAGGCUGGGGUGGGCCUGAACGGCCAUGGCUCAGACGAAGGGUGGGCACCUCCCUGGAGACCUCCUCUGCUGUGGCCACAGGUCAGGUAUAUGCUGACGGGGCAGACUGGCCACUCUUCGCCUGACGCAGCUCUUUCUGGACAGGCCAGGUAGCGGGCAUUACCGUUUAGUAGGACACUUCCAUCACAUCCCACCCCGUCCCGCAGCGCCCCACACUAACGUGACCUCUUAUCUUAGUCCCCACCAUCUCGUGUGAUGAGAUGCGGAGGGUGCGCUCUCUUAGCUGUCAUCCAAUUCCCAGCAAAAUUUGGACGUGAGAACCCCCCUUCCCUUUCCAUGGCAAAGCCAGACCCUUCUCAGAGAAGCUGUUCCCCCCACCAGACGGUUUGGGUUCACGGAACGGACAGAGAUGUGCUCACUUCGCGCCAGGCGGCACCUCCUCCCGAAGGUGAGGGUAGUACUCACUGUAGUGACCAUUUGCACGUGGGGUUUGGUAGCGGGUAGAACCAGGCAGGGUGGCUGCCCCCCCCCCAAGUCUCAGUGACACAGGCCAGCCACCCUGUGCAGAGGGAAGCCCGGCUGAGGGUGGGAGAGGUAUGUGUGAGGCGCGGGGAGCCGCCCAGGACAGACUUGGCUGGAGAUGUCUCAAAAAGCCCUCUAUCACAUUCACCUUCAGUUUUUGUGUUUUGGGACAAUUACUUUAGGAAAUAAGUAGGUCGUUUUAAAAAACAAAAAAUAUUGAUUGCUUUUUUGUAGUGUUCAAAAAAAGGUUCUUUGUGUAUAGCCAAAUGACUGAAAGCACUGAUAUAUUUAAAAACAAAAGGCAAUUUAUUAAGGAAAUUUGUACCAUUUCAGUAAACCUGUCUGAAUGUACCUGUAUACGUUUCAAAAACACCCCCCACUGAAUCCCUGUAACCUAUUUAUUAUAUAAAGAGUUUGCCUUAUAAAUUUACAUAAAAAUGUC